AUUUGCUAAUUUCUGCUAAUGCCAAAUAACGGAACUGUGUAUUGUAAUUUCCAGCUGAUCAUGAAAUAACCCACAGAAUAGCAAACCAAAAUUCAUACAUAAUAAUUGAUCGCUUGAAAGGCAUAAAUACCUUAAGGAAAUAAUACUAAUGAAUUAUGAUCAAUACACUCGGUGGAUGCAGCCUCAACAAGAGGAUUCUUACAAUCAAUUUUGUUUUAAUUGGUUUCAAAAUAAGAACAAGGCAGAGCUGGAUGAGUUGAAAUUACAACUAAAAAGGGAGCGCACAGCAAAAAAUGAUCAAGCACAUCUGCUGCAAACUGUUUCGGACUCUGAACGCAAGCUGCGUGCAGAUAACGAAAAACUGCUCAUGGAAAUAGAUAGUCUGACAAAUUUGCUCAAAGCAAUCAAAGUCGAGCUUGCCGAGUUGGAGGCACAACAGAAAAAACAAUUGGAAAAUGUUUUGCAGAAACAGGAGAAUCUACUUGCAGAAAAUGCCUUGCUUAAGGGAGACUCCAAAGAGCUGGCAAUGUUGAAGGAACAAUACUCAGAGCUGGACGAGGAACGAUUCCAACUUAAAUUGAAGCUAGACAAACGCAUUGAGAAUGUCAACGCCUUGAAUGCGUCCAACGAAAUGCUUUUGAAUGGAAACGAGAAACGCGAUAAGACGAUUGUAAAAUACGAGAAACAGCUGCAAAAAAACCUCAAAUUAAGUUCGUCAUGCGAUAGUGUUCUUUCAAGUCAGAGUGGCACAUCCCAACAGCAAGAAAGGCGCCUUGGAUGCAAGGCAAUACAUAUACUCAGCGCGCUUGGCGCAGAGAAUACUGCAGGCCCCUGGCUGUGCUUGCGUUGCGGCAGCAAUGAUUCUCCCAUUAACAUCCCUUCAUAUGCCGAGUUUCGUCAACAUUUGAUGGAGGUGCACAAGGAGACCAUUGAUCCGGCCCUGUGCGAGCAUUGUGGCUGGCGUUCCACCAGCGAUCGCCAACUGCAGUUUCACAUGUACAAAAAACACCAGAUCGAUUCGUUGUUCUACACAUUCUCAAGGUCAGCGAUAUUGGGAAAGGACCAUGACUAUGAUCAGCAGUAUUAAUCGAGUCAAAUGGAUUGUCCCCAAGACCCUAAUCGAAAAUCUUAGUGUCUGAAAUCUUUUACAUAUUGACCAAUUGGAGUACUGAAUUAUUUUCGUUGUUAUUUCCAAGUUAUUCACUUAAUAUUAAUAUUUAAAGAAAUAUUUUGACUGGUUCAAAGUCUCGAAUUGUGACGCAUUUAAUUUUCCCAAUUGAUUAUUUUGUUUACAAUGAAAACACUUUCGUAAUAGAAGUAUUUACCAGUAUUAAUUCCAAGGAACAAGCAACAGCAGAGAUUUAAACUUAUAAUACAUAUAUAAUAAUUGAAUAUGUCAUAAUUACACAUGUAAAAUGAAAUAAUAUGACAAAGCUGAUCUUGAGUUGCUUCUCAGCAGACACAAAGCAGUUGCUCAUUAAAAAAAGAUAAAAUUCCAAGGAAUUUAUAGCGAUGCAAAAGAAUAUUCAAAGGAAUCCGAAGUUUGUUAGAGUUAUUUAUAUAACUUAUUAAAUCAUAGAAUUUGUAUAAGUCUUGGCCAAAGGCGACAGAAUCUUCUAAUUAUAUGCCAUGCAUUAUAAUAAUAAUGAAAUGUUUCAAUUAAUUUUUAAACAUCUUUUGAUUUUCAACAACAAUCUUAACACAAUUCGCAUUCGAUACAUAAUAUUAAAGCGUCUUUUAAUAGUU